CAGGCAGCCCGCAUCUGCUGGAGAAGAAGAUGGGCCGUUGACAAGAGAAGAAGCCCUGUGGCUAUCUUAAGUUAGCAGAGUAACGUUACUUGGGUAUAUUUUGUUGCUGAAUCUUUGAAGGCGUUGUUGUGUUUUAUUCAGGCUAUCUUCGAAAAUGAUCCUCACCGUGAAACCGCUUCAAGGAAAAGAAUGUAGUGUACAGGUGACGGAAGACGAAAAGGUCUCCACAGUGAAGGAACUUGUGUCCGAACGUCUCAACAUACCAGCAAACCAGCAGCGGUUGCUCUACAAAGGGAAAGCACUUGCAGAUGAGCACAGACUGAGUGAUUACUCCAUUGGGCCAGAGGCUAAAUUGAAUCUGGUAAUCCGUCCAGUGGGGGAGAGGACUGGAGCGUCAGGGACGGCAGCCAGCAGCAGCAGCAGCAGCAGCAGCAGCAGCGGCACACAGGGAAGAGUGUGGCAAACUGUGUCCACUAUCCUUGCUAGACACUUUAGUCCAGCAGAUGCAGCAAAAGUCCAUGAACAACUUAUUAAGGACUAUGAACGUUCACUUCGACAGCUUAGUCUCGAUGACAUUGAGCGCUUGGCAGGAAGACUGCUUCACCCCGACGGCGAGGGCAUGGACACCUCAUACAUGGACUAAGAAUGCAUAGCUGGAAGUUGCUUAUUGUGCUUGUCUUUUGAGAGGUUCUCAGUGCUUGGAGGUGUGCACAGUGUUUAGAGUGUGAGGCAUGGAAAAUACAGUAUCAGUUUUCUUGCAGAGAGCCAAAGCUGAGUGAACACGGAUAGCACUGACUGUUAAUUAUCUCAGCAAUAGGGCUUUCUUAUCCACGACCAAAGGACUUGGAUAAGAAAACUAUAAGCCACUUUGAACUGAUCCUCGUCAUUGAUGUUGCAGUAAUGACACAAGACCUGAUCACAUAAUAUUUGAAUACAAAGGAAUCCAUUUAUGCUGUUGGUUGCGCAUGAUCUCUGGCUGCUAAAACUCCCAGGGGGACACUAACCUCAACUGGAGGGUAUUUGUUAGUAAUGUCUGUGUUGGAUGAUGAUUGGGUGUUUUCUGUUAACCAUCUGUGAGAAGGUAAUACAUGUUUUAUUUCGUAACUAACUGAUCUUCAUUGUAUGAUUUGUAAAUAUCAUGUUUAUAUAUACAUACAUUAAAACACAGAAAAAA